CUUGUAUCAAGAAAAUACCACAGAGCUUGCAGCCCUUUGAUUAUUACCCCACCAUAUUUUGAGACAGUCCCCGCGAUUGUAAAAAUAGUAACAGCAAGCGUCUGGAUGAAUUCAAUAAACCUGACCAGUGGCAUUUGCAAAUUUUUCGAGCCCACAUAUAAAUCAGGAUAUAACAGAAAAACUUCAGAAAUGGCGAAACAAAGAGUAAAAUAUUCCAAGCUUGAUACUGAUGCAGAAAAUGUUGAUGAUUUAGAGACUGUGUCACUCAUGUAUGACGUAUCUAGUGACGAUGAUGAGGUAGAGUUGUAUAAGCAUGCUAAUGGUACCAGGUCACCAACAUUCACUGCAGAGGAGGGUGUUGAAGCCAUCGGGUUCGGUUUCUUCCAGGUGCGACUGUAUAUUAUAUGUGGCCUGUUUACAGCAGCUGAUUCUCUCGAGAUGAUGUUGUUAGCUGUCCUGUCUCCUGUGUUACGCUGUGAGUGGCAGCUGGAACAAUUUCAUGUUGCAUUUAUAACCACUGUUGUAUUUAUUGGAAUGUGUAUCAUGGCUCCAAUAUGGGGAUUUAUAGGAGAUAGAUACGGCAGGCAAAAGACAUUAUACAUGGUAGCAUUAUGGAUUGGUUAUUUUGGACUGCUGACCUCAUUCAGUCCGUCCUACACCUGGAUUCUAAUUUUACGAGGCCUAGUGGGAGGUGGAAUGGCUGGAUCUCCUCAAUCGUUUACAUUGCUCACAGAAUACUUACCAUCCAAAUAUAGGGCCAAGCUAUUAAAUGUUGGUUCAAUAAGUUGGGCCAGUGGUACUUUAUUUGAGAUUGUAUUAGCCUCAUUUGUAUUACCUACCCUUGGUUGGAGAUGGUUGUUGGUGUUGUCGGCUAUACCUUCCCUCCUUAUUGUCAUCUUAUUGAAGUUUUUACCAGAAUCUGCACGCUACUUGGUCGCUGCUGGAAGGAAAGAAGAAGCUAUGCAAAUUUUAAAGUCGGCUGCCAAAAUGAAUAGAAACACUUUACCAGAAGGUGUUGUUGUCAACACUCAGAGUAUUUCAGAGAGGGGUAACCCGAAAGAUUUGUUCUCACCUACAUAUCUCCGUACAACAUUAAUGGUCUGGAUGUUGUGGUUUGGUACAGCAUUGUCAUACUAUGGAAUGGUUUUAGCAAGUGCUGAAAUAUUGCAGCUUAGAAAUGCGGAGAAGUCAGGUGAGAAGUGCAAGUGUAAUUUACUGAAGAAGGGUGAUUAUAACAGUAUGAUUGUGUCUACAUUGGGAGAAUUCAUAGCUCUUCCACUGAACAUAUUUCUGAUAGACUUGGUUGGCCGUCGAUGGACUGGUGCUGUGAAUUUAUUUGGUUGUGGUCUAUUUUUUAUACUUCUUCAAUUACCAGUGUCUCAGACUGUAUUAACUGUAUUAAUAUUCAUGGUUCGUGGAUUCUCUGCAGGAAUGUUCAACUUUGUUUACAUCUAUACUUCAGAGGUAUAUCCUACUACUAUAAGAACAUUAGGUAUAGGUACAGCAUCAUCAUGGGCUCGUGUUGGUGCUAUGAUCACUCCAUUUCUUGCUCAGGUUUUAUUAGAUGCCUCCUUAACAGCAGCAGUUUGGGUUUAUGGCAGUAUAGGAGUUAUAUGUGCUAUUUGUGCAAUUUGUUUACCUAUAGAAACCAAGGGGAGAGAACUACCUCAAAGCAUUUCAAUAGAGGAUGACUGAUUACCAGCAAAACUAGCAGGAAUUAGGAGAAAAUCAAAAAACGGCAGCAAGUCUUUGGAAUGUCUUUCAUACAUCACUUUACAACAAGAUUAAUGAAGAAUGACCCCUUAGUUACAUGCAGGCAACAGAUCCAGGUUUGAAAUAUAGAUUUAAAUGAUGAGAUUUUUAGUUAGAUAAGAAUUAUAUUAUUUAUUGUAGAUAAUAUGUAAUAUUAAUAUAGUAUUUUUUUAUGUAGAUCUUGUUAACCCUUGUCCUGCUAAAUGUAUGAAAGAAACCUUUCAACUGUUCUUAUAAGGCAGAUUUAACAAAUUUUGAUGUAAUAGAAAUCAUACCACAAUAAAACCUAACCACAUUGCCAUGUUUCUUGCUUAUUAUUUUGUAUUUUAAUAUUGGGAUGUGGCUAAAUGUAUGAAACAAACCUUUCAACUGUUCUUAUAAAGCAGAUUUAACAAAUAUUGAUUUCAUAGAAAUCUGACCACAUUAAAACCUGACCAUAUUUUCAUGUUAUUUGGUUAUUUUUUAGUAUUUGAAUAUUGAAAUAAUCUAUUUAUUUAAUAAUUGGCUGUUUCUAAAUGCAAAGUAGGACAAGUCUGUUCUCUAAAUUCAAUGAUAUACAUGUAAAUAUAUAUAUGAUUUUUACUUAUCUCAGUUAGGUGUUCAGGAAUCAAGUAUACACAUAAAACCUCCAACUGAAAUAAUUAUACCACCCUUUGAAGAAGAGGAGGUAUUUUGUUUUGCUUAUGUCGGUCUGUCCGUCAGUAGACUGAUUAUCUUGAAAACUAUUUAUCACAAAGUUAUCAUAUUUCACAUAUUGAUUAGUCAUAUGUAGUAGAUGACCCCUGUUGAUUUUUGAGUCACUAGUUCAAAGUUCAAGGUCACAGUGGCCUUAAAUGUCAGGAUGAUUUCCACUCAUUAUCUUGAAAACUACUUAUCUCAUCAUUUUUCUUUUUCCAUAACUGAAUGCUUCAAUGUAUCCAUUUAUGGCAUGUUUCUAUAACAAAAUUACCAAUAUUAUGAGUCAUGGGCUAGAAAGGGGGGGGGCAUACAUGUUGUUUGACAUUUCUUGUUUGUACAUUGUGGUGCUGGUUUGAAAUUCUCUUGGUAUGAUAAUACGUUAUAAUUGUUUGUAAAAAUUCUAAUUUUAUUGUUCAGUACAUUUAAAUUGAUCAUAUAUUAUAAUUAUAUAUUGUUAUAUAUUUUUUCAGCUAUGCUAUAUUGUUUGAUACUAAGUCUUAUAUAUAGAUAUAUAUUUAUAUAAAUUGACAUAUUACAAGUAUAGAUUUAUGUAGAAUUGAUAUCUGUAUAUACAUAUUAGAUUUACUGUUGGGAAAGGGUAUUAUGAGGGGUUGUAAAAAGUUUUUUGUGUCAUAAUAUUGCUUCAUAAAAUGAGUUUUUGUUUUCUGUUUGAAUUUUCAAAUCAUACUUUGUUAAUUGUUGGUAUUUUACACUAGAAUGAUGACUCCUCUAUUGUAGGGCAUUAUCUUUGACUAUUUUACAUUAUUUUUGUCAUACAUACUCAUCCCUUUUUGAUAAUUUAAUUGAUUUAAUAAUAUUACUGUAAGUUUUUAAUACAGAGGGACUUUUAAUACAGUUCAUAUUUUGUAACUUCAAAGACAAAAAAUAACAGUUUUAGUUUAUCUGUUGCAUUUUAACGCCUUACAUUUUACCAGGAUGGUUGAAAGAAAUAUUUUUAAGAAUCCAAUCUAUUACAUUAAACACACAUAAUUUGACAGUGUUAAGAAUUGAGUGCAAUAAAUCUAAAAAAAAGGGGGAAACACUCCAUAUUUGUGUGCAAAUUAUUCUCUGUUGAAGUAAAAGUCAGUUAGAACAGAAAUUAUGGUGAAGCUAUAAAGAAGAUGAUGUUAGUUGGAAUCAAUUUGGGCCUGUAGUUUUCUUUUCCUUUGAUCCUUUGUCGGUGUCUCCAAAAAAAUUGGAAACUACUAGAUGUAUUGUCUCAUAUUUUAAACACACUAAAUUUGGUUUAAGUGACAGUGAAACAUCUUUUUUUUGCCUUUUCUUGAAAUAUUUAUUUGAAUUAAGUCUGUUUGAAAAAAGUUUAAAGGAUCUGAUGAGCCCCCAGUCUCAUCCUAGCCUUUUUUACCUCAUCAACAUUGGGCACCUAUAUAAUAUUUUCAUGUUGAGAUAGAUUAAAGUUAAAUAAUCCAAAUUUUUCGUGGCAAUGUUGUAGUAAAAAGAAGAUAUUUACACAUUGAAGACUAGAUUUUUGUCUGUCUUGGUAGUUGAGUUAUAACAUGAAAAGCUGUUGUGUUUUCAUUGUUUCAUCUGCUUAAAUACACCACUCUUCUGAUGUACAAUGUACCAGAACAUUUUUUUACCUAUAGUUAAAUCACAUUGACAAUUUUGAUCUCUCCUGUUCAAGGGGCUUGACAAAAAAUCUUCCUUCUCUAAAUUGAACUUCGCCAGCAGGUCCAGAUUCUGAAAUUUCGUUCAACUGACGUUGGGAUUUGAGUAUGAUCCCCAAGUGACCAGAUUUUUUCUUUGAUCUUCUGGGGAGCACUGCCUAAAGGGAUAAAAACACUAGGAUUGGUUAUGUCUGGAUGUUGGAUGACACCUGGAGGGAUUACAAUUUGAGACAUAGGGGAUGGGGCAGAACUUGGGGAGGUGGCUGGGGGAGAAAACUGAGAGGUGGCUGGUUGUCUCAGAUUGGAAAAUGAAUUGUCGAAUUGACUAAUACCUAGGGAUGGUGGUGGUGGAAAAUGAACAGCAACAGGUUCCUGAUUUUGCCUCUGAGGCCGGUUUUCCACUUCACUCGCAUGGUUCCUUGCUCUUUUUCUGCCUCCAUUUGCCAUAUCGGCACCUCUUUUCCAUUUACCUCGCGGCAUGAUGUUUAAAACUUUUGAAGAAGCGGAAAGACAAAUAAUUUUUUUUCUUUUUUCUUUUUAGCUCACCUGUCACAAAGUGACAGGGUGAGCUUUUGUGAUCGCUUUUCAUCUGGCGUCCGUCGUCUGUCCGUCGUCCGUCCGUCGUCCGUCCGUCCGUCGUCCAUAAACUUUUACUUUAAAUGACAUCUCCUCAUAAACCACUAAGCCAAUUUCAUCCAAACUUCACAGGAAUGUUCCUUUGGUGGUCACCUUUGAAAAUUGUUCAAAGAAUUUAAUUCCAUGCAGAACUCUGGUUGCCAUGGCAACCAAAAGAAAAAACUUAAAAUAUCUUCUUCUAAAAAACCCAAAGAGCU